AGAAACCCUUUCAAGAUGAUCUGGUGUAUCCCUUCCUUGAAUAUUCGUCCUACGGCGAAGCGAAAAGUCCGAAGACCCAACCCACGAACGAUAGAGAUCCAUACAGACUCUUCGCGACAUUCCUCUGGGAUAUGGCGAGUCGCAGAACUAUCGUUCGAUAUAGCUUCUGAAACGAACGUAAUAUCUCAGAGACUCGUUAAGAACGUCCUUGAAAAACCAAUAACACAAUUGGAAAAAGAGGAUCGAGAAUGGGCAAUAGCACAAAAUGAUUGCGAGUCAUCAGUGGGAGGCUUUGUGGACCUGGUGUGGUGUUUCGAGCGGUCACCGAGGAGAUUACAUGGGCCUACACGAUUUUUGGUGUCGGAAACGUAUGACCCGCCCUAUGAUGCAGUGCUUGGAAGAAGAGACACUGUAGAAUGCGGGAUCGCGAAAGGCAAAGACUGUGGGUAAUGCAUGAAAGAAGAAAUACGUUCAAUCAGAGUAGGUAUUCAACUCGGAUCCUGAUAUCAAAGGAAGGUACCUACAUCAAAUGACUUCCCUAUCAAAUAUUCUUGCUUUAGCGUUCUUGGUGUACUCUGCGUUGGGCUUUCUUCUGCCCUGACCAGAUCCGGCUCCUUUGCCUACCGGCCCUGCCUUGUCGCCAAUCAGGCUGAGAAGGUCACUCUUUUUCUUGGUAACUCCCAACAUCCACAACCGCAGAUCAACAUAUCGGGAACAAUUUAAACAAUGUCUACGCAACCUAUUAG